AUGAGCCAGCGGGAUGAAGAACUGGUGGAGGUUGUCCGGCAGUAUACUCAUUUGUGGGAUAAGACCCAUGCGUUGUUCCGAAAUAAAAACGCGAAAAACAACGCAUGGGCCACAAUUGCUGAUAUAAUGCACAUAUCUGCUGCCCAAGCCAUUAACAGGUGGACCACUUUGAAGGCGAGAUAUGUAAAAGAGCGGAAGAGAGCAUUGGAAUCCCGUUCAGGCACCGCAGGACCCGCAGCAACAUUCAGUCAGAUGGCUCAUCUACAAACAACGAGUGAAGUGUCGGAUACAUUGGCGACAAUAAUGGGAAUGGUAGAGGAUGCGCCGCCAUCUCCAAAUGAGGAGAAUCAGGCGAGCACUCCACAGGCAGACGCGGGUACACAAGGUCAACCAGAAAGGCCGGAGUCUCAAGGGGCCUCGUCGUUACCCGAGAAGAGAUUCGCGCAUCGUCGUCGACAACUGUUAAGGAGGGGUAACGCAUCCAGAGGCGUCCGAGUACCCGUACAGGUACAAAUAUACAAGCAGAUGUUGGGGAAAGUGGACGAGCUAAUACGCUUUAUAACGCAGCCUGAGGUGGAGAACGAGGAUAUUCUCUUCGGUCGGGCAUUGGCCAUGUCUUUGUCACACGUAUUCAAUGUACCCGCGCUGUAA